AUGGCGGCAACGCUCCACUCGAAGAUCAACCGCAAGCGGCUCGACAAGCUCGACAUCAUCAAAAUCUGUGAGGAGAUUUUGAACCCCUCGGUGCCCAUGGCUCUGAGGCUCUCUGGAAUCCUCAUGGGUGGCGUGGUGAUCGUGUACGAGAGGAAGGUGAAGCUUCUCUACACUGAUGUGUCUCGGCUUCUGACUGAGAUCAACGAGGCAUGGCGGAUCAAACCGGCCACAGACACCACCGUCCUCCCCAAGGGUAAAGCCCAAGCCAAGUAUGAAGCAGUAACAUUGCCAGAGAAAAUUAUCAAUAUGGUGGUGGAACAGCCCAUGUUUUUCUCAGAGACUGACGGUGCCAGGUUCCGAGGAAUGCGAUUGGAAGAUCUGGAUGAACAGUACUUUAAUGUCAAUCUUGAUGAUGAUGACUUCUCUCAUGCUGAUCAUCGUCAUCAAGCUGAAGCAGUGAAUAUAACCCUGGUCGAUAAUUUUGAGUCUGGGCUUGCAGAAACUGAUGUGUUCAAUCGCUUUGAGAGAUUUGACAUAGCAGAUGAUGAGACCACAGUCAAUAUCACUCCUGAUGAGCACCCACAAGUUCCAAGUACGCUGGUUCCCUCACCACCUAGGCAGGAAGACCCUCCUCAGCAAGAAGAACAGUACUAUGCUGCCCCCUCCCCUGUUCAUGAAGAACCUCAACAAGGGGGACCAGAGGAGCAAGAGGAGCAGAAGAUGAAGCAGCAGCAACCACCUAAAGCAUCAAAGCGGAAAGCACGUAGGGAACUCCCACAAGUAAUUAUGGACAAUAACCAGAUGAUGAUCCCGGGAAACAUAUAUCAGACAUGGCUGAAGGAUGCAUCAAGCCUUGUCUCAAAAAGGCGUAAAGUUAACAGUAAUUUUAAUUUUAUUCGAUCAACCAAGAUAAGUGAUCUCAUGGACAUCCCCCCAGCUGCUCUAAUAUCUCAUGACAACUCGCCCUCAGAAUUAUAUUAUCCUAAGCCACUUAUGCAGCUCUGGAAGGACUGCACUGAAGUCAAGUCCACAAAAGCUUCUUCAGGAGGGCAGCGAUCAUCAUCACAAGAACAACAGCCGAAAAACUCACCACCUCAUGAAUUUCCACCUCAGGCUGGGGGAGAGUAUGAGAUGGAAACAGGUGGUCUGCCGAUGGACUUCACAGAUGGCAUUGAAAAACUCAGAGCAAACAUGAGUGCAGAGUAUGACAGAGCUUACGAUACUCUUCACAGUGACCAUAGUGUUACUCCUGGAAGUCCUGGGUUAAGUCGCAGGUCUGCUUCAAGCUCUGGUGGCUCUGGACGGGCGUUUAUACCAUUGGAUCCAGAAGUACAAUUGCCAUCAGGAAGUGGAAGGUCCAAGAGGGGGCGGCAUUCAUCUGCAAGAAGCUUGGGGAAUCUUGAUACUGUUGAGGAAGAUUUUCCACUGGACCAGGAAGUGAUGGACUUCAAGAUGAGAAUGCUUUCAGAUUAUGCGCCAACUCCUGACCUACUGGAAGAAACUGAACCAACUCAAACCCCAUAUGAGAGGCACUCCAAUCCAAUGGACAAGGUCACGGAAACAAUCAUGUCUCUGAGCAUAAGACCAGACAAGGAAGAAAAAUCAAAACCGAAACAAAAGAAAGAAGAGAAAAACACCAGCCCCGUGAAGCCAAGAGCGCUCGUGGCCGAAAUCCUUUACGGAGGACAUAUUUUGGCAACCUGUGAUUACAUCAAGGUUACUCAGCUGAAACCGUACGGAGACAUCUUGAUCUCCAGAGGAUCAAAGAUGUGA